AUGAGCUCCAUAGACUAUGGUCCAAAUUUUGUUUUUCAAUGCAACAUGUCCGUGUUGACGCUGACUAGCGGAGAACGGCUCAUCCCCCCACCGCCUCUCAUCACAGACCAGCCUUACUUCGAUUCCUCCAUGCGGGUGAAUCAGACAGCGCAUGUGGGCAGGCAGGCCGAGCUUCACUGCCGCGUCCACUCCAUUGGAAAUAGAACGGUGUCGUGGAUCCGAGGACGGGACCUGAGGAUCCUGACAGUGGGUCGCUACACUUACACGACGGACCUUCGCUAUGAGGCCCUGCACCAAAACGGCACAAACCAGUGGACGCUUCGAAUCAGGUCAGCCCAGCCACGUGACCAGGGCACCUAUGAGUGUCAGGUCAGCACGAAGCCAGUCAAGACCUUCACCACUUACCUCAGGGUGCUGGAGCCUCGAGGGGAGAUCCUUGGCUCGCCUGACUUGUACGUGCAGAAGGGCAGCAUGAUUAACCUGACGUGUGUGUUGCAUGACCUACCAGAACCUCCCCGGUACGUGCGUUGGUACCACAGCAACAAACACCACACCAACAGGAACAUAAGCUACAGCAGCAGUCGAGGGGGCGUGUCUAUGAUCGUGGAGAAGGGUCCCACCACCAUCAGCUACCUGCUCAUCACCUCAGCUCGCGUGGAGGAUAAUGGCGUGUACACCUGUGCAGCGUCCAAUCUUAAUUCCACUUCAGUCACGCUGCACGUUCUCAAUGGAGAGCAUCCAGCGGCCAUGCAGACUAACAGGGGAGCUUCUGUGUUCAAGGGCGCGGAUCUACUAGCCGUCGGUACCAUCGCCAGAAUACUGUGGCAAGGAUGGCUUCACGGUACCUAACGACCUUCAUCAGGCGGAACUGAGUCUUGGAAAGUAUCUAUCAUUGACUUCAUGCCGCGUGACCUAAGCCUCCAGGUCACGCCUCGAAUGACCCCAUUGUGGCCUCUAUGAAAUAUCUGUAACCCGUGCUGUGUCAGUAUGAUCUGAGGUGUGCAUCUCUCUCUCUCUCUCUCUCUCUCUCUCUCUCUCUCUCUCUCUCUCUCUCUCUCUCUCUCUCUCUCUCUCUCUCUCUCUCUCUCUCUCUCUCUCGUGGUUUUAGGCUAUGUUUACCUGCAUGGAGAAGCAUAUUCAGUGAUCCCAUCUGUAUUGUUAUGACUUCAUCUAUGUUCACCAAAACUUCCUAAUGGUUAUCUGGGUCUAUAUUUGUACACCUGAGCUACCACCUAAUCAAGUAUGGUCUUGAACUGAGUUCGUUUUCACCCAUGUGAGCUCACUUGUGGGCUCGCCUGUAGGCUCAUUUGUGGGAUCACCUGGGCUCUUAGGUUUGCUUGUCCAGCGGCAACAACGAAACGAGAUGAGACAAAGACUUAAGUGGUGAAAUUGUUACUGCAGAUUGAGGACUUGCAUAAAAGUGAGAGAGAGAGAGAGAGAGAGAGAGAGAGAGAGAGAGAGAGAGAGAGAGAGAGAGAGAGAGAGAGAGAGAGAGAGAGAGAGAGAGAGAGAAAUGUAUCAAUUAUAUUAAUGAUUGUUAGCGGCGCCUAGUGGAAUCUGAACUUCUGUUUUGAUUUUAUAGUAGAGAAUUGCACGAGUAUGAGAUCUCCCUCGCAUUCUUUGUUGAAAGUCAUGGGGCGCAAACCAUGUGAUGCCUCGGUGAAAGAUUAUGAUAAAUCUCCCCGUUUUGAGUUUGGCCUGUGGAGAUAUUGGCGAUGGUGAUGGAUUCACUUAAUUCCCCACGUGAUUGGUCGGCGAGCGUUGAUGACGUCCGCGAUUCAAGUGAUUGACUUCAUCCCCCUGCAGCAAUUACCUCCGUGAGUGUUGACAUCGUGACACCUGCGCGUUGAUUGGCUGAUGCGUCCUCCAGACAUUCAUCACUUCAGUCAACGAUGCGUUACGUGCUGUCAGGCCUUGUUUUGUGUUACCGCCUCAGUGUGUUGGUGGCUGAACCAGCAGUAAGUAACGUAAAACUAACGCGAUUUUUUCACUUGUGAGAUUGAAAUUGAAAUAUAUCCAUUAAAUUUUUAAUAUUAUCUGUUGAUCACAAUAUUUCACUGACACACCACAGAUAUCCUACAGGCACUUUUUACCCUUAAAGAGACUAAACAUUUUCCAGAGCAUGUUCACGGAUGCUUAUCUUUGACAUACUAAAACGAGUUUAUUUCUUAGUUACAAAGAAAUAAACGCACAACAACAUUUAGAACUCGUCUUGUUUUUCUUCCCACAUGAAGAUCUUAUUUCUCGACACUAGAUACGGAAAUAGGGAUGCCAUCUAUAGUGUAACCUUGAAAAAUAUAAUGUAGUACAUGUGAAAAGGCUUCCUGUUCUGUGAUUCUCAGAAAAAGGGAGGAAAAGAAAUGCAGGAAAGAGGAUGUUUGUGUAGUUAGAUAAAACACACAAACAGAUAAAUGAGCUGACAGAUGGACAAGCAGACAGACAAGUAAACAAACUUCAUCUGACGCGUCUGUGUUGAGAAAGCGUCGAGGAAAGAUGAAAGAAGAGUCGAAGGAAUGAUUGUUGAGAGAGAGAGAGAGAGAGAGAGAGAGAGAGAGAGAGAGAGAGAGAGAGAGAGAGAGAGAGAGAGAGAGAGCUGACAAAGAGCCAUAAAAGAAAAAGAUAGACGCAGACACAUACAGACAGACGGACAUCAUAUAAAAAGAAAGAACUUACGUCACCAGGGACAUAGCAGUAGGACAAUAAAUGGACAACGAAGACCAUUACUUUGUGUGUGUCUCGUGUGAGUGGGUGCGUGGGUGUUGAUUGCAGCCACGAGCCAUGCGUGUAGUGGAGGUGUGUGGUACGGUUGUGUGGGGAGACGGGGGCCUCCGCAGUAAGCGCUGUAAAUAAAGUAUAACUAUCGAUGUUGCCUCCCCAGUGUUCGGGUAGUGACGGGUUCGAGUCCACAGCACUUCGAGACGCUAUUCUGCUCUGUUCGAGAUGGGACGAAAAAUGUUCAGUGUUCUCGUGUUGAUGGGAAGGUGAUAAUCCCAAGCCUUGGAUUUUAAAAAAAGAAUAAAAAUCUGGCAAAUUUCCAGCCUCCACCUUUAUCUCCGAACAGCCGAACUUCGCUUAUAUAU